AUGGCUGGGCCGGGCGGUGCUGGGCAGGACACCCUGGCUGGAGGAAGGAGCCAUCCGGACGCAGAGCCUGCAGUGGGGAACGCCAGCGCAGACCCCUCCAGCAGCCUGCCCCCCCCGGAGCGGGGCUGCGCCUGGAGCCCCCAGGCCGAGGGCGGCGAGGAGCCCCUGCGACUGCCCACCUUCUCCCCCGCCGCCCAGGCCCGCGUGGCCGUCACCUUCCUCCUCUUCGCCCUCUCCGCCGGCUGCAACCUGGCGGUGCUGCGGGCGGCGGGGGGCCGGCGGGGUGGCCGGCGGUCCCACAUCCGCCUGCUGCUGCUGCACCUGGCGGCCGCCGACCUGCUGGUGACGGUGGCGGUGAUGCCGCUGGAUGCCGUCUGGAACAUCACGCUGCAGUGGCGGGCGGGCGACCUGGCCUGCCGCCUCCUCAUGUACGUCCGGCUGCUGGCCAUGUACGCCUCCGCCUUCGUCACCGUCGUCAUCAGCCUGGACCGGCAGGCUGCCAUCCUGCGCCCGCUGGCCAUCGCCCGUGCCCGGAGGAGGAACCGCAUCAUGCUCUACGUCGCCUGGCUCCUCAGCGCCGGGCUCUCGGUGCCGCAGCUGUUCCUCUUCCGCACCGUCACCCUCCGCCCCCCGCACAACUUCACCCAGUGCACCACGCGGGGCAGCUUCCCCCGGCCCUGGCACGAGACUCUCUACAACAUGCUCGGCUUCACCUGCCUCUUCCUGCUGCCGCUGCUCAUCAUGGUCUGCUGCUACGCGCGCAUCCUCCUGGAGAUCUCCCGGCGCAUGGGCUCCAGCCUCUUCUCCUCCCGGGACAUGUCGCUGCGGUGCUCCAGGAACAACAUCCCGCGGGCACGGCUGCGCAUGCUGAAGAUGAGCCUGGUCAUCGUCUCCUCCUUCAUCCUCUGCUGGACCCCCUACUACCUGCUGGGGCUGUGGUACUGGUUCUGCCCGCGGGCCAUGGAGAAGAGGGUCUCGCCAGCCCUCACCCACAUCCUCUUCAUCUUCGGCCUCUUCAACGCGUGCCUGGACCCCAUCACCUACGGGCUCUUCACCAUCCCCUUCCGGAGGGGCUGGGGCUGCCCCUGUGGGCACGGCCCCGAGCCCCAGCCGCCCUCCCCGGCCACCGGCUCCUUCCGCUGCUCGGCCUCCUCCCUGCCACGCAAGCGGGGUGUCCCGGGGGCGCGGGGGCAGCGGGUGCCCGCCGGGCCGGGGCUGCCUGCCGGGGCUGGCUCCUGCCAGAGCAGCUCCCUGUGA